UCAAAGCCAAAGAGAAAGAGAAACCCCCGUAAGCGGUUAACCGAUGACCAGAAGCAAGCACACAACAAGAUUGAAAAAAAAUACCGCAUAAACAUCAAUACGAAAAUCGCCGGCUUACAACUGAUCAUUCCGUGGCUUAGCAAGGAGAAGAUGGCUUUUAACACCGGUAGGAUGCAAGGCGAAAAUGGCGAUGAGAUUGCCGACAGUCAGCGUUUGAACAAGUCUAUGAUCUUGGAAAAGGCCACUGACUAUAUUUUGCACAUUCAAAAGGAGCUCGAAAGGGUUUCCCGCGAGAAUGAAGAAUUGCGCGGCCAGAUCAGUAGUUGA